AUGGUCCGAGUCCGCGAAACGUUUUCGCAACCCGUUGUGGCUGCCUUCUGCGCUGGAGGUGUCGCUGGUGCCGUUUCUCGGACUGUCGUAUCGCCCCUCGAACGUCUCAAAAUCUUGUUCCAAGUCCAGAGUGUUGGUCGCGAUGCCUACAAGCUGUCUGUCGGUCAAGGCCUUGCCAAAAUGUGGCGGGAGGAAGGCUGGAGAGGCUUCAUGCGAGGCAAUGGGACCAAUUGCGUCCGCAUUGUUCCGUACUCAGCUGUCCAGUUUGGCAGCUACAAUUUUUACAAGAGGAACUUCUUCGAGAAGCAGCCUGGUGCAGACUUGUCCCCCCUUGCCCGCCUGACCUGCGGCGGCAUUGCUGGAAUUACCUCCGUUUUCUUCACCUAUCCCCUCGACAUUGUACGGACCCGCCUCUCCAUCCAGUCUGCCUCCUUUGCCGAGCUUGGUGACCGACCCAAGGAGCUCCCUGGUAUGUGGGCCACCAUGGGGAAGAUGUACAAGACGGAAGGUGGUUUUUCUGCGCUUUACCGUGGCAUCAUCCCGACGGUUGCCGGCGUCGCCCCCUACGUUGGCCUCAAUUUUAUGGUCUACGAAUGGGUUCGCAAAUACCUGACUCCUGAGGGUGACAAGAACCCCAGCGCCGUCAGGAAACUGCUCGCCGGAGCGGUUUCGGGAGCUGUCGCUCAGACGUGUACUUACCCCUUUGACGUUCUACGUCGUAGAUUCCAAAUCAACACCAUGACGGGCAUGGGCUACCAGUACAAGGGCAUCUUCGAUGCUAUUAAGGUCAUCGUCGCCCACGAAGGCAUCAAGGGCCUUUACAAGGGCAUCGUGCCCAAUCUCCUCAAGGUUGCGCCAAGCAUGGCAUCCAGCUGGCUCAGCUUUGAGCUCUCUCGCGAUUAUUUGGUGUCGCUGAGGCCGGAUGGCAACUCGGAGGCCAACAUCUGA